UACAUGGCAGCACCAUUCCCAGAGUGUGUGUGGGGGAUGAAAUUCGUCUUAUCCUCACUUCGGGACGUUGUUAUACAAUAGCCUACACACAUGCGUGGUCUCUGUUAUUUUUUCCUCUCCAUCUUGACCCAAGUGUCAUCCAGCACCCUCAAAGUCAUUGGCCUCUUCGGGCACAAUGUUACUUUGCCGUGUAGGUAUGACACCCGAAUUCAUGGUGUCCUGAGUUUCUGUUGGGGACGAGGGAUGGUGCCCAGGUCCAAAUGCUCCAGCCCCAUCCUCUCCUCAGAGGAUGGGGCUGUGAUUUUCAGGGAGUCUCCCAGUUACCAGCUGCUGGGCAGGGUGACAGACGGAGAUGUGUCGCUGACCAUCCUGAAUGCUCAGUGGAGCGAUGCCGGUGUGUACGGCUGCAGGAUCGAGAUUCCAGGGUGGUUCAAUGACGAAAAGGUCAACACACAUCUGGUCAUAGAGGAAGCUCCCACAGAACAACCGGUUACCGAGGAAUGGAAACUUACCACUGAUGAGAGGCAAGAUAUAUUGACAGAGUCUGCAGCAAAAGAUGUAGAAGUUGGUGGCCAAACAUUGGGCAUAGUUGGAAUUGCAACAACUAAGGAAAAAUUCAAAGACUUCCUGGAAGUGGGGAACAUCUGCAGGAUGGCAGCUAUUUUCUUCCUCAGCAUAAUCAUAAUCCUUGUCUUUGUUUUCUGGAGAAGGUUUCUGCCAAAAAGGACACUUGAGAAUCUCAAUGCCUUAACUGCUGAAAACAUUUAUGAAGAAUUAUAAAGUGUCCCAGUGCCGAAGUUAUGGUCAACAUUAUGAGGACAAAUGAGUCUAUGAGGAACUGCUUGCUGAAUGUGUCUUCUUGUCAUAUGCUGGCUCUAUCUGCCUCCUCAGCUUUAGAGGGAAACCUUUUGAACCCAGUAAAGCAGCUUACAGGGUCUCACUAUUCUCAGAUUGCUCCAAAAAAGCAAAUGUGUGUCGUGUGUGACUGAGUAGAUGCAAAAAUAUCCCAAGGAUUAAUUAAUUUGCUUCUAUUUUCUGUUUUUCAUGGCAAAAUUAAUCUAACAGCUCUUAAAAGCGUGUGUAUGUUUUAUACUUGUGGACACAACGCCACCUAUUGGACUUUAUGCACCAUUAUCAUAAUAUCAGAGAAGACUCCACCAUGAAUGCACUGUAGUGAACACUCAAUGUGAAUCAAUCGUUUUGUUGUUUUAUUUAAUUAUUCAUACUCUACUAGUUGGAUCUAAUGUCUUUAUUGUAUAAUUAAAACCACAGUUUGUUUUAUGAAAAUGCUAAAUCUACUCCAAUCUAAACUCUGGUCCACAUUGAUUACAUUUUGACUACAUUUAUGUCCAUUUCAUGAUAAUGAAACAGAUCAGUGGCUGAAUUUCACAGUAAAACUGUAUUACAAUUCUCUCUUAGAGGUUUUUUUGUUUGUUAUUUUUUAUUAUAAAGAGGAGUCACUCAAAUACCAAUCUGGUUCCUGUUUUAGUUGUGCAGUUUUUCUUUGAAUUUGUGUGGCAAAGUAAGAAAAAUUAAAGUAUGAUUGUCUUUACAGCAA